AUGUUCUCGAAGAGGUUGACGGCGUGGCAGACAGUCGUCAUCACCAUGAUAUAUCUCUAUGCGACCCGCAACUUCAGCACCUUGGUCGGCCUAGCUAGUCCAGAGCCCCUCUCCAACAUGUACGAUGCGACCUAUUUCCGGGCAACUUGGGUACUGACCGCACUGGACGCGGGUUUCUGGACGGCUAUGAAGAUCAAAACCAAGUGGCUCCGAGACCUGGCAAGCAUUGUCUUUUCUGUCUUCUACAUGAUUGCUGCGGAAAAGGCGGACGAGAAGGUGCGCAAGGUCAGGGGUAACCUGACGGUGGACCAUCUGAGAGUCAGUUGGAACAAGGGCACAACUCCUUACCUUCGCUUCUUCCAAGGCCUCAUCCGGCCACGAUUCACGAGAUGGCCGCCGAGAGCUAUUCGCAUUCCUCGGCCGGCAACCAGUGACUACAAAGAGACGGUUUCUGCGUGGUUGUACUAUGAUGGGCCUCUCUCUGAUUUGGAGAAUCACAAUAAGAUUGUGUUGGACAUCCCUGGUGGAGGCUUCGUUGCUAUGGACCCCCGAUGCAAUGAUGACCGACUCCUUGCUUGGGCUGCGAAGACCGGGUUACCUAUACUAAGCUUGGACUACAAGAAGGCACCCGAAUAUCCUUAUCCAUACGCCUUGAACGAAUGCUACGACGUGUACACAACAAUCAUCAAGAGCAAGGGACGGUGCAUAGGCUUGUCCGGGAAAGAAACCCCGAAGGUUGUCGUCUGCGGUGACAGCGCAGGAGGGAGUUUGGCCGCCUCGAUGACUCUGAUGAUUGUUGAGAGUGGCUCAUCUGCUGUCCGUCGUUUCCAGGGUCAAUCCGAUCUUCCUCUGCCAGAUGGUCUGAUCCUGUUUUAUCCCGGUCUCGACAUGAACAUUGGAAACUGGAUGUCUGACGAGCAGAUGUCUCUGAUUAAGGAUCGCAGGAUGCGGGUGGCCAACAAGGCAAUCAUCCGUCGGAAGAGCAUGCAGUAUAAUGAUCUCGUGGGCACCCCCCACCACUCUGAUGACGAGGAUGAUACACGACGACCCUCUGUUGAAGGAAUCGGAGGUGCUAAACAGAGCCGAUCUUCCAGUCCGAAGGAACCCAGUAGCCCUCAUCCAGAGUACGCACAUUCUGGUCCAACGAGCUGGAGCAAGGCAAAACAACCCCCGUCGACCGACGUUGCGAGGACGAACAGUACGUCCUAUCACGCUGAACCUCUCCAGACGCGCCUAGCGAUGUCAUCCAUGAUUUCCUAUUUCAAUGACCGUAUCUUGACCCCGGAGAUGAUGCGCGCCAUGAUCAUUCUCUACGUCGGUCCUCACAACCGCCCCGACUUCUCCUCAGACUACCUCCUCUCGCCCAUCCUCGCACCCGAUAUGCUGCUUGCGCGCUUUCCAAAGACUUACUUUCUAACCGGCGAACGGGAUCCCCUCGUCGACGACACAGUCAUCUUCGCCGGCCGGCUCCGUCGCGUCAAGGCCGCCUUCCAUGCCUCGGGCGGCCGACGGCUCGAGUACAGAGAGUCAGACGCGCAAGCGCCGGGCUUCAACGACAAGGAUGUUGCGGAGGUCAUCCUGAUCCCGGGUAUUUCACACGGCUUCCUGCAGUUCCCAACCGUAUACCCGCCCGCGUGGAAGCUGAUCGACCGCUCGGCGCAUUGGAUCGAGGAUAUUUUCGCAUCAGCGGCGCAGCGCGAGCGGGACCGCAAGGCUGCGCUGGUCAGCACCACUGCAGUCGCAGCGCUGGAUGGCGAUAGGCACCACCAGCGGACGGAGUCAAGUGGGGACGAGGACAGGCCGUUGGAGAUGAGCAUGACGAGGGCGCGGACAAAGUCGCUGACGAACGGGGCAAAGGCAAAGGGCGUGCCCGAGAGGAUCCCUGAGGAGUCCCCGGAGAAGAAGGGCAAGAAGAAGGUGAAUGGACGGACGAGCAGGAGGGAUGAUAAAUCUCUCGUGAAAUUGAAUAGCUCGGAUGACUUGCUUGGGCGCAGAAUGCAGGGACUUGUGGGUGGAUUGACUGGACUGGGUGAGGAAGAGUAA